AUGGUUACUCGCUCUAAGAACAACAUCAAGAAACCAAGCACCAAAUACGGUCUUCACAUGGUUAUACAAGAAAUGGAACCUGAAAAUCUUACACAAGCCUUACAAGACAAAAAAUGGCGGGGGUCUAUGAGCACAGAAUAUGAUGCUUUCAUCCGCAAUCAUACCUUUGAUCUGGUUGAUAGAGCUCUUGCUACUAACAUUGUUGGAAAUAAAUGGGUGUAUAGGAUCAAACGCAAGCCUGAUGGUUCGGUGGAGAAUUACAAAUCUCGUCUUGUGGCAAAUGGCUUUCAAAAACGUCAUGGCCUCGACUUUCAGGAAAUGUUUAGUCCGGUUAUCAAACAUGCUACUAUACGUCUUGUUCUUGGUACUGCUGUUGCUUCUAACUGGCCUCUUCAACAACUUGAUGUUAACAACGCUUUUCUGCAAUGA